AUGCGAGGUGCCCUCGUUGCCCUCCUCUCUGUUGCCCCGACGCUCAUUGCCGCUCAGUCCGACUGCAUCUCACUCAAGGGCUCGUCGACUUGCCCGGCCUUUGAAUCGGCUUCCAUCUCCAAGGAUGAGAGCCUCAUCCAGUCUUUCCCUUUUCUCGACUACGUGACAGACACAUCGUCAUUUGACAGUCAAUUCCUGACCUACGUCCAGACUACGUAUGUUCGCUCAAAGUACGAGAAUGUCUUUGGCUGUGACGACGUCGACCUCAAGUCGGCAGACUACUAUGCCCGGUAUACCAUGUCUGUCCUGUGUAACUCCAUGGUGCAGAAGUCGGCCGAUGCCUGUGACCUAUCCUCGAGCGAGUCUAUCCCUCUCUGCGCCGACUCGUGUGCCGAAUUCGCCCAGAGUGCCUCCUAUGUCACCUCGGACACCGACCUCUGCACCAACCCUGUCGACGAUCUCACCAGCCUGAUCCGAGCCGACUUCGUCACCUGCAGUCUCCCUGGAAAGUCCCUGUCCGGAAACUCGUGCAUCGACGCUUCUGAGAACGAGUCUCAGAACUGUGGCUUCGCCAACAGCACCCUUGGUUUCUGCUGGUACUGCUCCGAGGGCGGAAUCAACUCGACCGACACCUGCUGCUACAACGGAAACGCCGAGGACCGUUGCAAGGGCGUCAAGCUCCCCACUAUCACCUCGACUAUCGACUUCGAAACUCCCACCUCGACUGCUGAGCCGACCUCUUCAUCGUCCCCCGACGACGACGACGACGGCGGGUUGAGCGGUGGUGCUAUUGCCGGCAUCGUCAUCGGUGCCAUCGUCGGUGCCGCCAUCAUCGCCCUUGCCCUCUUCUUCUGCAUCCGCAGGAUGAAGAAGCGUCCUGGCAGCCAACAGAGCAGCAUCUUCAACCAGCCUUCGCCCUCGCGUGGCGCACCCUCUGUGACUGCUGCCACCGCUCCUAGCAUGACCCAAGCACGGCCCGACGCUCCCCAGGGAUACGAGGUCCUUCCCGGCGGACGCAUCGCCCGCAUGUCGGCUCUCGAGGGCCACUCUGACAGGUCGUCCCAGCACCGUGGAAAGUCGGCAACGGCUGCUGGCGUUGCUGCCGGUGCAGCCGCGGGCUACGCGGGUAGCCGCCGAAAGGGUAGCCACACACAGUCGUCAUCGUCCGAGUAUGGCGAGAGUCCGCAUUCAGACAUGCGCACCGCCCUGCGCCCGCCCUUGAGUGCACAGAGGAGGAAUGGCUCGCUGUCGAGCAACAGUAUCUUGGCCGCAUCGGCACCGCACUCGCCCACCAGCGCCGAGGGCUUCUCGUCGCCCCAGGGCGUCAGCAGUCAGCAGUCGGAGCAGCUGCCAUUCUUCAAGGAUUACUACUCCCAGGACGACAUUCAUCCUGGGGACCGAGUUGCCGUCUUGUGGGCAUACCAGCCGCGAGCCGCAGACGAGUUCGCACUCGACCGCGGCGACAUGCUCAAGGUGGUUGGCAUCUGGGAUGACGGUUGGGCAACGGGUAUUCUCGUCGACGAGCGUGCCGAGGACUGGGAGGCCCGCCACAACCCCCAGAGGGAUAGCGGUGUCUCCCAUGCCUCUGGUCGUCGCGGCAGCUCUCCCCCAGGCUCGGGAGAGAUAAAGGCCUUCCCCCUGGUCUGCGUCUGCCUGCCUGACCACUGGCGCAAGACAAUUGAGGGCGACGGUUCGACAGAGUCGGGGUCCAACGGCGCUGCCCCCCAAACAUGA